AUCCAGACGGGAAUGUGACAAUAAGAUGGGACAUCAUGAAUAACACUCGUGGUAGUUACACGGCUAACGUCACAAUCUUCAACUACUUGAAGUAUCAGGACAUUCAAGGGCCGUGGUCAUUGAACUGGCUAUGGGACGACGACGAAAUCCUUUUAAGCACUGUUGGUGCUAAGAGCAGUAAUUUUACGUUGCGUCCAGACUUGGUGCAGUUGCGUUAUGAAUUCCGGUGGCGGAGGAUUACCUCUGGGAUUACCAUUGUGAACUUACCGCCACAAACUGAUGAUGAUGAUGAUGAUGACGACCACGACAACGGCCAGCGAAAUAUAGUACCAGCGGGUGAUGUGAUUCCUUGGUUUAGAGAAGAAGAAGCCGGCGACCUCGAGAAAAGCUCUUUCUCAUUCCAAAUUUCUGUUGGUCGAGCUAAACUAAAUUAUAAUCAUCUUCCGGCAAUUUUGGUUAGAUUGAACACACCAAACUUGGAAUACACUUGUGGUAAUUUGAUACGUGGAGCACGAGCUGCGUUCCCUCCAUCUUUAGAGUAG